GCCUUAUACAAGGCUCCCACCCGCCAAACGUCCCCUCAGCCAACCUUGCCUGUAUAGCUGUACUGUGGUCCUCACCCACCUAAAUCAAACCGUGCUUAAUACUCACCGUAUAACACAACAACAGUCAGUCAUCUUUUUAUUUUUUAUUAUGUUCUAUCUGCUUCACGGACGUCCUGUGAUGUUCACUGUCACUCUCUACGUCGUUUUACCGUCGUCGAGCUCGUGUAGAAAGCGAAGACGGGCGCCGGCCGUAUUUGUUUGGCCACCGACGCGUUGACGCGCACCGCGUCUCUCCGCGUCUCAUUCGUUUUCCUCGAUAUCUCUCAUGCUCACGACGUGUUGAAUCGAUCGCUUAUGCAUUUUUCGCGCUCUAGAUGCCCAAAGAAGUCAAAACCAAGCGCAAGGCUGCAGGUAAAUCAGAGGGAAAGGCAACCAAGGCUAAGGCUGCCAAGGCUAAGGGCGCUCCUAAACGUGCACUCUCCGCGUACAUGUUCUUCAGUCAAGAUUGGAGGGAGAGAAUCAAGACUGAGAACCCAGAUGCUGGUUUCGGCGAGGUUGGCAAACUACUAGGUGCCAAGUGGAAGGAGCUUGACGAGGAAGACAAGCAGCCUUAUAUCGAAUUGGCCGCCAAGGACAAGACAAGGGCAGAGGAGGAGAAGGCAUCCCUGGCUGCCACUAAAUCUUCAGCAAAAGAGAAAAGUGAUGGGGAGGAACAAGCCGAUGAAGAGGAAGAUUGAUGCCGCUUCCCUUGUCUCCUUGUACAUAUGAAGGCACUGUCCGCUUUCUUCUAACAUAAUCGUCAUAAGCCAUUUUCAUGUCAGUUGAGUAUCUUAACUUCCUAUGCGAAACACGCGAUACUCGUAAUGCACUCCCCACGAGCCCUCGUACCGUUUGCCUUCCUUUUCAUUCGUGUCGCUAUUCAUGUCGUGUGUUUUGUUACACAUUUAUGUUCUGCAUGUUGUCCUUCGUUACUUCAGAAAAGAUUGUAUUGUAUGAUC